AUGUUGUGGCACCUGGUCGUCGCUGUUAUCUGUCACGGAGUCGGAGGCCUAGCAGCGUCGACUUCCAAUGCGCAGCUACCUCUUCACGGCAUCGGCAAAACAGACAACAAGCCAAAUAUUGUUUUCAUUCUGACAGAUGAUCAAGAUGUACGGUUGGAAUCCAUGGCAUACAUGCCGCACCUUCAGUCCCACUUGAUCAACCAAGGGACGAUCUUUACGCGUCAUUAUUGCACGGUCGCACUGUGCUGUCCAUCCAGGGUAAACCUGUGGACUGGAAAGGCCGCUCAUAACACAAACGUGACGGAUGUGAACCCUCCAUAUGGUGGAUAUCCAAAGUUCGUCAGCCAGGGACUCAACGAUGCAUGGCUCCCCGUGUGGCUGCAGGAGGCAGGCUACAAUACCUAUUACACUGGAAAAUUGUUCAAUAGUCACACAGUUAGCAACUAUGAUUCGCCAUUUCCAGCUGGAUUCACAGGAUCAGACUUUCUUCUUGACCCUCACACUUACGAGUACCUGAACGCCACAACCCAACGAGAUCGAGACCCUCCAGUCAGUCACGAAGGAGAAUACUCGACAGAUGUCAUUGCCAACAAAGCCUAUGGUUUCCUCGACGACGCCGCUGCGUCAGACAAACCCUUCUUCCUGGCAAUAGCGCCCAUUGCUCCGCACAGUAACCUCAUUAUGAUUGACUCGUCGGCUGGAGAGCACAUUACCGAGCAUUCAUUCAUUACCUCACCUCCAAUCCCUGCUGAUCGACAUAAACACCUAUUCAACGAUACCGUAAUCCCACGAACUCCUAAUUUCAAUCCUGACAAGGAAAGCGGUGUGUCUUGGAUUUCACACCUACCCAAGCAGAAUGAAGAAAACGUUCGCUUCAACGACGAAUUUUAUCGCAAUAGGCUACGCGCCCUGCAAGCUGUUGACGAGAUCGUUGACGGGGUGAUCACCAGACUAUCAACACAUGGCAUUCUCGACAACACGUACAUAGUUUAUAGCAGCGACAACGGCUAUCAUAUCGGACAGCACAGACUUCAACCGGGAAAAGAAUGCGGAUUCGAAGAGGACAUCAACGUUCCAUUGAUCGUCCGCGGCCCCAAUGUACCGGAAGGAAGAAUCAGUGACAUUGUGACAUCGCACACGGAUUUGGCACCGACAUUUCUAUCCCUAGCUGGUGUCGAACCCCGUUCCGAUUUUGAUGGCGCAAUCAUUCCGCUCACUGAGUCGACUUUAGAGGAAGCCAAAUCCUUGCGACAUGAGCACGUCAAUGUAGAAUACUGGGGCUUUGCACUAGCCGAGGGCGAUUACGGGCAAUCGAUUUUCUUGGACAACACGUACAAGGGAUUGAGACUGAUCGGACAAGGCUAUAAUUUCUACUACAGCGUCUGGUGCAGUGGCGAGCACGAGCUAUAUGACCUUAACGAUGAUCCCCACGAGUUGAACAAUCUGUACAACACGAACCAUUCGCAAUUAUAUCACUUUCGCUCACAUCCAGAAGCUAGAAUACAAAAGGUCAAGCUCUCAAGCCUGCUGUCACGGCUGGAUGCUCUAGUCCUGGUGCUAAAGACAUGCAAGGCUCGAGCAUGUACACACCCAUGGGAAGUCCUACAUCCAUCUGGGGAUGUCCAAGAUUUGCACCACGCGCUUGAUGCGAGAUUUGACCAUUUCUACGGGGUGCAGCAGCAGAAGGUCAGUUUUUCAAAGUGCGAAAGAGGCUAUAUCUUGGAGAGUGAGGGACCUUCUUAUGUAAAGACGUACUCAUUCGAGGAAAUCGGUGCUAGGGGUGGCAGUCGGUGGAGUGAGCUUGUCUGA